CACUCGAUCAGUUCACAAGUGCAUUCACUUACCAGAACGCUAAACGUUCGUUUCAAGUUAAACUCGAAACCAACUCAAAAAGUGCCAAGUGCCAUACAGUGCCUACACAGAAAAACGAAAAACUCAAAUCAGUGAAGAUGCAUUCUCACGGAUACAACGUUGCCCACAGCAACAACAGCAUCAACGAAAACAAAUACAACAACAUGAAGCUGAUGAAGUCUUCGCCAGUGUACAAGCUGAAGAAGAUCUUGAAGCCGAUCGCCGCUUUGCUCAAGUCGAAAAAGGAAGCCAAGCGAAUCAAGGACACCCAGGAACAGUUUUACUACGUUCCAGAACAGAACUUUGUACCGGAUUACGACUACGAUAACGAUGCCAACGAGCGUUUGGAAGCCCAGCUCUUGUCGGAAAUCGCAGAGUGCCAUGCCAAUGCAGCCAUCAUUGUUUACGAGGAUAAUCAGGUUCAAAUCCAACCAGUUGAACCCGAGGAACAAUACGUCCCAGUGCACUUUGCCCGCACCGAAGCCGGUACCUUCUUCUGGACCACGAUGGCCCGCGAAGCCGACAGUGAUCUGAUCCAACCGUGCCAUUGCUUCUCCGAUCACCAAGUUCCACAGCAGGAAUUCUGCGAUAGAUGGGCUCAGGCUUAAGCCACUUCUCCUCCUCAAGAAAAAACGCGUCAGACUGACAAUACCUGCAACAAAAUCAUGAUCUCUUCCAUCGUUUUAGUUACUAAAUCGGUUUACGAAAAAAACGGAUAAAGCUUUAAUUAGUUCUCGUAAGGUUGCCAGCUUUAAUUUUAAUUGUGAUAUUAGAAUUUUAAGCCUCAAUGUGAUCCAAUGUCUUCCAAUUGUUUAUUUUUAAAAUACAAAAAAGCAAAAACAAAAA